AUGGGGAAAGGCGGUACGCUUAGCGAAAGCGUGAUUAAGAAGAUCGUUCUCUCAUACAGCUACGUAGCGAUAUGGAUCUUCCUGAGUUUCACCGUAAUCGUCUACAACAAAUACAUCCUCGACAAGAAGAUGUACAAUUGGCCAUUCCCGAUCUCACUCACAAUGAUCCACAUGUCCUUCUGCUCAACCCUAGCUUUCAUCAUCAUCAAGGUUUUCAAAUUCGUCGAGCCGGUUUCAAUGUCUCGAGAUACUUACCUCAGAUCCGUCGUUCCGAUCGGUGCUUUGUACUCUCUCUCACUCUGGCUCUCGAAUUCCGCUUACAUUUACUUAUCAGUCUCCUUCAUUCAGAUGCUUAAAGCUUUAAUGCCUGUUGCUGUUUACUCAAUCGGAGUUUUGUUGAAGAAGGAAGGUUUCAAAUCUGAUACUAUGGUUAAUAUGCUUUCGAUCUCGUUCGGUGUUGCGAUUGCUGCUUAUGGUGAAGCUAGAUUCGAUGUUUGGGGUGUGAUUCUUCAGCUUGGUGCUGUUGCUUUUGAAGCGACUCGUUUGGUAUUGAUUCAGAUCUUACUCACUUCUAAAGGAAUCACACUUAAUCCAAUUACUUCGCUGUAUUACGUUGCUCCUUGUUGCUUGGCUUUCUUGUUUAUUCCAUGGAUCUACGUUGAGUUCCCUGUGCUUAGAGAUACGUCUAGCUUCCACUUCGAUUACGCGAUUUUCGGGACGAAUUCGAUCUGUGCGUUUGCUUUGAAUCUUGCUGUGUUUCUACUUGUUGGGAAAACCUCUGCUUUGACUAUGAAUGUUGCUGGUGUGGUUAAGGAUUGGCUCUUGAUCGCGUUUUCGUGGUCUGUGAUUAAGGAUACUGUCACUCCUAUUAAUCUUUUCGGGUACGGGAUCGCGUUCUUGGGAGUUGCGUAUUACAAUCAUGCGAAGUUACAGGCGUUGAAGGCUAAAGAAGCUCAAAAGAAGAUUCAACAAGCUGAUGAAGAGAGUGGUCGGUUGCUUGAAGAGAGGGAAGGAGAUAGUGAAGGUAAGAAGAAUGAGUCUGAUAACUAA